AGGAGCAGCACGCCGAGCUCCUUCUGCGCGUCGAGCGCCUGGACGCGCAGCAGCGGCAGCAGCAGCGCCGCGCUUCGAUGGAGGGGCCCGUGACGGCCGAGGUGCUGCAGAGGCUGCUCGCCGUGGAGGCCACCGUGAGGGCGUGCCUGCCCGCUGGCGGCGAGGGCGCCAGGCUCGUUACCGAGGAGGAGCACCGGGCCCUGGCGCGGCAAGUCGACGAGCUCGGCGCGGCCGCGGGUGCGCCCGCCCCGCAGGGCGGCCCCUCGGCGAGCGAGCUUGCCCGCUGCUCGGAGGACCCGCCCGAGGCAGCGGCGCCGUGCGCCGACCCCGAGCUGGCCGCCGCGCGGGAGAGGCUGAGCCGCGUCGAGGCUUUGGUGGCUCAGGAGCAAUUCGCCCGGGGAGUCGUUGCUGUCGCUCCCCCUGCCUCUUUCUGAACGAGCCUACGCGCGUUUCCGGGCUAUCGGCUCAAGUCGUACCAUGCCAG